AAUAAAUAAAUAAGAACCUUCACACGGUGGACACCUGCAGCAGAGUCAUCCGAAGUCAUACUUCUUUUUCCAGUACCGCUCGAUAUCAAUCCUGAAAUCCAAUUUGUAAUUGCAAACCCUAAUUUCAAUUCUUCACUUUCAAAUUCCACUCAACGACGAAAUCACCACUUCUGCAGACUAAAUUCCGCCUUUUAACCCUAAGGAUUGUCGAAUCCUUGAUUGAACAUGAAAAUUGAGAAUGAAGUUUGAAGAAAAUUCAAUCUUUAUCGCAAGGGGCUCGUGUUUCGUCUAAAGUUGCAGUACCCGUUUCGCUUUGUGUAGUGGUCUGUUAGGGACUCAGUGGCCUGGCAGACUUUGAGCAGGACACCAUGGGAAGCACUUUUAAUCCUCAGAUAUUGGUUGACAAGCUGUCAAAGCUCAACAGCUCGCAGCAAAGCAUUGAGACUCUGUCACACUGGUGCAUUUUUCACAUGAACAAAGCAAAACAAGUAGUAGAAACAUGGGAUAGACAGUUUCAUUGUGCUCCUCGUGAGCAGCGCUUGGCUUUUCUAUAUCUUGCAAAUGACAUUCUCCAGAACAGCAGACGAAAGGGUGCAGAGUUUGUUGCAGAGUUUUGGAAGGUUCUACCAGAUUCUCUUCGUGAUGUAAUUGAACAUGGAGAUGAAUUUGCAAAGAGUGCUGCUUUACGCCUGAUUAGUAUCUGGGAGGAAAGAAAAGUAUUUGGCUCAAGAGGCCAGAUUCUUAAGGAAGAGUUUGGCAAAAGGCAAUUGGACAAUGGCAACAAGACUCGGAAGCUUACCGGACCUAAACCGCAGCCGGCUGGCGGAAAUUCUUUGGAAAAACUAGUUUCUGGUUAUGAAGCUGUCUCUAUCAGUCAGUUGGAUGAGGAUGCCAUUUUCAGCAAAUGUAGAAAUGCCAUCAGCUUUGUUGAAAAAGUGGAUAAAGAUGCAGAAGGUGAUUCUCGAUUAGGCCAUGUCAAGGGUGGUAUCAGUGAUGAGCUCAAGGAGCAGCAUGCUGUUCUGAGGGACUGCAUCGAGCAACUCGCUAUUGUUGAAUCUGCUAGAGCAAACCUUGUAUCUCUGUUACGGGAGGCUUUGCAGGAGCAGGUCUAUAAGCUGGACCAAGUCCGUGAUCAACUGCAGGCAGCACAGACGCGUUCAGAACAGGCAGGCAAUAUUUGCAAGCAGCUUCUUGGUGGCAACAAUGGUAAUAGACAGGUUCUCGUCGAGCAGAAUAGAAAUGUGAUUCCAGCGUCUCAGAUGCCGCAGAAAUUGAUACCUGCAGCUGGGGAGCAGACGACCUCCGUGACCUACACGCGGCAGGUGCCCUUCCCUGAAAAUUCUAGCCACAUUGAAGAAGAUCCCAAAUCCGCAGCAGCUGCAAUGGCAGCAAAACUUGCAGCAUCAUCGUCUUCCGCCCAGAUGCUGACUUUCGUGCUUUCAUCUCUUGCAUCAGAAGGAGUGAUCGGAAACUCCAUCAGCGAGCCCCCCGAGAAGAGGGCUAAGCUUGAGAACGUACACCCUUACGUUCCUCAAAAUUCCCAGCCACCGGCUCCAGCCUUCGAGCAGAUGCAGCCAAAUCUGCCUGUCACCUCACAGGCAGAUGAGCCCCCACCACCACCAUCAUCUCCACCUCCUCCACCGCCAAUGCCACCGCCUAUGCAAUCUUACCCGGUGCCCCAAUACAUGCAAACUGCAAUGCCAAUGCUCGGUGGUCAGUACACCUACAGCCCGAGCCUGCAGCCACCACUACCCCCACCCGGUUACACUCCAGUCGGGCCUCCGGCAGCUGGAGUUUCUUCGUUUGCUCCUCCAUCAAAUGCUUAUCAAAAUUUUCCGCCUGAAGGUGGCUUCUACGGGCAGCCGUCGUCCUUACCGAUGGCCCCGAUGAGCCGUCAGUAGAAUCACGGAUACGGGGGUGUCUGUCUGGAUAUGGGCAUGGUAUUUAAGAAAACCUAGUUAAGCUUCGUUUCCAUUAUACAGUAGAAAUGUGGAAAAUGUCGGAUUGGAUAUAGUGAUUUGCACAUUGUAGUUUAGGUGUUUGUAACUUUAAUUUCUCCAAAUUUAUUGAACUUUUAACGGAGUUAGGGAAGUUUCUAUUUA